AUGGAUUAUUCAAGCGAAGAUGAAGAAGAGUUCGUGUCACGAACUGAGUCAGUCCCAGCAUUUCUGAAUUCUAGUCCCAUAUCAAAUCCACUCCAGUCACUUAUCUUGAACCACCAAAACCACCCAGCAACUUGCUUUGAUCUUUCUGCAAAUUUUCUCAACCCUUUCUCUCAAUCCGAUCCAAAUUGCAGUGUCGACUUUGGUAACCUUCAAGGCUCAUCUUCAUCACAAGGACUCGUCAAUCAAGUCUUGUAUCCAAGCUCGUCAACACCGAUGCAAUCAAAGCCAUCUCACGAUAAUGGUCCAAGGCCUUUAACAAAAUAUGGUCAGAAAAGUUCUGUCAAGAACCCCAAUAAACGAACAAGAGCAUCGAGGACGGCACCCACUACAGUUCUCACUACCGACACAAUGAAUUUUAGAGCAAUGGUGCAAGAAUUCACAGGAAUCCCCGCACGGCCGUUUUCAGGUUCAUCGUAUUCUCGAAGGCUCGAUCUAUUCGGCUUCGGGUCAGGUAUGCGAUCCGGCCAUUUGGAAACUUUAGGUUCUCUCUACCCUCUAUGUCCCUCGGCUAAAAGGGUUAAGCCUACUUCAAUUGCAUCCUCUUCUUCACCUUCAUUGUUAACUCAUCCUUUAUUUGGUGCUAAUAUUACCAAUACAACUAGUAAUAACACCUUUUCGACAUCUAGUAAUUACUAUGUUCAACAGCCUCAGAAUAUGUUAAACUUGCAGAAUUUCCAGUCCUUCAUACAUCCUCCACCUCUUCAAUCUUGUCUUAAUUUGCGAGGUUUUGCUGUGAGUUCCCAUGGAAGUUCAGCAUUGUCUUCCCUUGAUGACUUGGGCUUGACUCAUGGCAAUGCAACAGCCGUUGGACCGAACGACGGAAAUCAAGAUUAUUUGAGGCCCUUAGACUGGAAUUAUGAUAGUAGUGAUCAGAAUUCGCAGAGAGUUUAA